UCGGUUGGAAAUGAAUGACGAUUUCUUCAAAAUUGAAAUUAAGCCAUAGAUCGCUAAUUUCUUCAAAAUUCUUCACCUGCAAACUGUAAUCAUUCUUCCUCUCCAGUAACAAUUUCCAGUUCCCUCGUAUUCUUUUUCGAACUCUGAACAGAAACAACCUUCGAGGAGAUCCUAACUGGACACAUCAUCUUCUUCGGUUCAUUCACAAUCAUUUAUUCGACGAGAUCCAACCGAAAUUCUUAAUUCGUCUCUGUUGCUGAAUCUUACUUCGAGCUCGGCACCUUUUCUUGGAGCAUGUUAAAUUAAUUGAAGUGACUGAUAUUACUAGAGCUUGGAUGUAAAGAUUAACUACUGACAGCUGCAACUUCAUUGUGGAUAUCUCUACUGGUCAUCAUGGUUUCUAUUUGAGAAGUUGAGAUCCACAUAGUUCUCAGUUUCAGCCAGGAUAGUAAAGCCGCAUUUAACCCUGUUUCAUUCGUAUGAUAAAAUGGAUAAUGGAACUUCUAAUAGUUCAACACAAUCUGCAGUCAAUAAUCCAGCUCCAACUGUCCAUAGGCAAAAUAGUACAGGAGACCAGUUGACAUCUAUUUUAUCUCCGUCUGGAAUAUCAUCUUGGGCUAAGAGUUUUAGAAAUCCACAACCGCCUGAAGCAGCAGAAAAUGACUCUACGACAGGAAAUGCUGGGAUGUCAGCAAUUGCUCGUUUCAGUAGUGGCUUUGGACUGCGGAUGCCUUCAAUGUCUCCUGUACGAGAUGAUACUGCUGCAGAUACCAAAGCAGCAGCGAAAUCUGAUGUUUUCAAAUCAUUCACAAAAGGUUUAGUCGACACAUCUCAGAAUGCAGUAAAGGCUAUGCAGGUAAAGGCACGCCAUAUUGUAUCUCAGAACAAACGAAGAUAUCAGGAAGGAGAAUUUGAUUUGGAUAUGACAUAUAUCACUGAAAAUAUAAUUGGUAUGGGGUUUCCUGCUGGUCACAUGAGCUCCGGUUUAUUUGGUUUCAUUGAGGGAUUUUACAGAAAUCAUAUGGAAGAAGUGAUCAAAUUUUUUGAAACUCAUCAUAAGGGAAAAUACAAAGUUUACAAUCUUUGCUCAGAGCGUUUGUAUGAUGCCUCAUUAUUUGAGGGGAAGGUUGCACAUUUCCCGUUUGAUGAUCAUAAUUGUCCUCCUAUCCAUCUCAUAAAAUCAUUUUGUCUAAGUGCUUAUGCAUGGUUAAAGGAGGAUAUUGAGAAUGUGGUUGUUGUUCAUUGUAAAGCUGGUAUGGCACGAACAGGGCUAAUGAUUUGCAGCCUCCUUUUAUUUCUAAAGUUCUUCCAUACGUCAGCAGAGGCAAUUGACUAUUACAAUCAGAAAAGAUGCGUGGAUGGAAAGGCUUUGGUUCUUCCUAGCCAGAUUAGGUAUGUCAAAUACUUUGAGCGCAUUUUAAUACAUUUCAACGGAAAUACUCCACCUGGACGGAGGUGCAUGCUGAGAGGUUUUCGGCUUCACAAGUGCCCGUAUUGGGUUAGGCCUUCGAUUACAAUUUCAAAUCACAGUGAGAUUUUGUUCUCAACAAAAAAGCAUCCAAAGACAAAGGAUUUGAUGCCAGAAGAUUUCUGGAUUAGAGCACCAAAGAAAGGAUUUGUAGUUUUUGCACUGCCAGGUGAGCCUGGUUUGACAGAGUUGUCUGGGGACUUUAAGAUUCAUUUUCAUGACCGCCAUGGAGAUUUUUAUUGUUGGUUAAAUACAACAAUGACAGAAAACAAAGUAUUAUUAAGCGACACAGAUCUUGAUGGUUUUGAUAAGAGAAAACUUCCUACUCCUGGAUUCCAGGUCGAGGUUGUGAUGAUAGACUAUAAUGGUACUUUGCCAACACGAUCGAAAACUAAUUCUGCUGGCAAAGGAUCUGAUUGUCGUCCUAUUCAUGAUCGGGUUCCAGGUCAUGAGGCAGCACAAUCGAGCAAAAACAAAAUUCCUGAGAGUGAAGAAAAUGAUGAUGUAUUCUCUGAUAGUGAUGAAGAAAAUGGUGACACAAAAACUGGUCUAGCUCAAUCAACUUCUGAAACUGCAAAAGUUGACCAUUCAUCAACAGCAAUUUCUUCUGAUAAAAUUGGGAGUUUAACGCGUGAAACAAAUCAUUUGUCACUUGGGAAUGAGAGAAAUCUACAAAUCAAUGCUCCAAAAGAACCAAACAUUAGUGGCAUGAUACAACCGUCAGGCCUUGAGACCCCAAAUAUGGAUUCGGCAAGCGCAAGUGAAUUCAAAGCAAUAGCCGCUGAUGCAUCAGUUUUCACUUUUGGGGAUGAAGAAGACUUUGAUAGUGAAUGAAGCGUGAGUUGAGCGUUGCUUCAAACCAUUUAUAUCAGAAAAAGUUGGAUUAUCAAGAAGUUGAUAUUUGAGAUAACGUCAGCUUUCAAUUGAUUGUUUUUCCCUUCAUAUGAUACCUUCCCUCUUUUAAACCUCCCCACCUCAUGGUGGAAGGGAAAGGAAAAGAAAACACUUUCUAUAUUGUUUAAAUCAUUGGGCUGCUUCAUGCGA